ACAGUCAAAUGAGAAACGAAAAAAACGUAGGGCGCGCCAUCAUCAUUUUCUCAGUUGCGUUCGAUAUAUUUUUCAUAAUUUGUUCGGAAAUUGACGGGAAAAGUUCGUAAAAUUGUGCAAAAAUCACCAAUGAAUAUCAUUGAAUUGAAAUUGUGAUCGAAUAAAGUUCAACGGCUUAUCGUUUGCUUCGAACGAAUGUGGUGUUCAGUUGUGAAAUUCUGAUAAGAAAAUGUUCCAUGGACGAGAGAGAGUGUGUUACGCGAAGUGAAAAGUACGAGUUCUAUUCAGUAGUAUGCGAAGUGAGAGUAGCAAUAGUGCGUUCAUACGUGCCACAGUGUACAGUGUGCAGUAUGCUUGAUAACGUUAAACCAUGUAAACUUAUUUAAAUCGAACGGUAACGUUGACGAAUACCGAACAUUUGCUAUGCGAUUUUUCAGUUAAUAUUCAAACGACAUUGAAUCAAAGUGUGAAAAAGAAAAGAAAGCGCUUCGUUGCGAUGAAAUUCAAUUUUCGCAUACGCAUUUAAUUUCAUUAGGAGGCGAAAAUUACGCACAUUCAAAGUUUCACAAUAUAAUAAUACGACUUUCGACAGAUUAAGCGCCCUCGAAGAAAAGACUAUGGAAAUAUUCGAAUCGACCAGACGCCUUUAAUUGUAAUCAUCUGAUAAAUUACAGCGCCUUUUCUCGGCGCUCUAGAGCUAUUAUCCUUUUUGUCGGCAACAUUCAGCCAACACAUCAACGGCGUCAAACGCGCGCGAGAGAGAUACGCAACGAUAACGUCUUUCAAGCUCAUUAUCCAGCAAUUUUAUCAACCAAACCGUGUGCAUCAAACUCACUCACAAGACAUAUCGGCACGAAGAACAUCGAUACGCAUGUUCGGUUUUGCGGGAAAAAGGCACGUUUUCCAAAUCGUUCGCAAAAUCAAUGCUAAGAAACAGAGCAUUUUCCGCCAUCGCAUGCGAAUCACUUCCAUUGUGAGUUCAGUUGUUGAUAUGUAAGCAACCUGAUUUUCGUCAACCGAAUCUCGUUACUCUAUCUCUCCCCCUCUCAUUGUGUUCGGUGAUAUCGUGAGAAGACUUUUCAUUCACAAGGAAUUUUCGAUCAAGUUGAGCGCAAUCAGAGUGCCGAAACGCGUAAACAAUCAAUAACCGAAGUGAGCUGAACAGAACAGCCAAUGUUGUGUGUUUGUGGAUAUAAAUAGUUUAACAGUGACGAAGAAAAAAGAAACGUUGAAAAUAAUGAAAGGGUUGAACACACAUUUGGUUGAAAUCCAAUGGUGAAAAGUGAGUGCGUCUAAGCAAUUUCAGUUCAUCGAUAAUUUGUGAAUGAUUUCAAACUGAAUAAUUUAGUGUGUGUUAAGCGCUAAAAUUGUGUGCAAACUGCCAAAGUGCUUGUAUGAACAGAACAGCCUUCAAAACUAUAUAUACACAUAUAUAUGUAUGUUGGUUUCACAUUCAAGUGGCAUUUGUUCUAAAUUCGAAUUCCCGAUUUGGAUUCGGAUAGUCAAACUACAUUUCUGUAGACAAUGUUGGCGAUCAACACAUUAUUCACAUUCGACUGAAGGAAUUCCAUUCAACUGAAGUACAAAUAAAAUGCAUGCGAAAAAACCGCAGACGAGAUUGGCUGGAUCGUUGGCAAAAUCGCAAAAGCCUAAAGUAAAGAAGCCAAUAAAACCAAAUACUGCCUCCAAACAACGUCCCAUUCCGUCAUCCGUUAAAUCUGUUUCGAGUAAAAAACUAACAAUCAAAAAAUCGGCAAAAACCAAAGAUGAAUGCGAAAAUAAUGAGAAAAAAUCAAAGUCAUUAAAUAAAACUGAAAGCAGCAGCACAACGGGCAAAUCAGCAUCAGCAUCAGCAGCAUCAGCAGCGAUGGGAUUCAAUUCUUCCAAAGAAAAGUCGAAUAACAAAAAACCGAAAUCGGAAAGGAAAUCCACCACGCCAAUUCCACGGCGAAAAGACGAAACGGGAAUCAAUGGCGAGAAGAAGUCAGCGGCUGCCGUCGCUGUCGCUGCUGUAAAAGACGAGAAAAUCAUUAAGAGCAAAGAGUUGAAAAACUUAGAUAUUCAACUGUGCGGCUAUAGCAGCGUGGCGGUGGUGACCCGCGAAUCGACCGGAUCUGACUCAGACACGGAUCGUAUAAUAAAGGCAUCGAUAUGCGAAAAUGUGAAAACGAAGGCGCGUGCCGCAUCAGCAACAUUCAAUUCAUCGGGUAAUCGGUCACCUUCCUCGGUUAGUUCACCUGGACCAAAUCAUUCGAACAAAAGUGCAGCCACAAACGAAAAACUCAGCAAAAAUGAAGCAGCUUUAAAAUCCGCUGAAAAUAAAAGCGAUAAUAAAAUGGGCAAAAAGAAAGAGACGGCCAAAGUUAAAUCGCCCGCUAAACCGAAACCAACGACAAAAUCGGCUCAAGACGAUGAGAAAAAUAAGAGAAGUACUAAUGACAACAGAAAGACAGAGGGUGAUAAAAAUGCAAACAAAUCACAAAAGGCAAAAUUGAAGCCAACAAACGAAUCGCCAGCCAAAGUGGUUGCACCUGUCGUUUCAACGGAGAAACGGAUAGAAAUCAAAACACAAGUGGACGAAUCGAAAUCACUUAUCGACACAAUCGCCGAGGCGAUAAACGAAGUGGUAAAACAGUACAAUGUCAGCAACAACAGUAGCGGCAGCGGUGAAGCAACAGGACCACCACCACACACGAACAACACCACCAGCACCAGUACCAAACCAGUUAAAAAGGAUAAUAAAAUUGUGAAAACGACAAAGAAAAAAGUUUUAAAUGAAAAGAAAUUAGAUGUAAUUGAAUCAGCGUCCGACUUGGUAACAAAUAGUCGAGACGCAAUCAAAACGAUAUCAAAGAAUGCGAAAGCAAAACAAAAACUUGCAAAUGACAAUAAAACCGAUGAUAAAAUUGGCGAUCAAAUUAAACAAAGCAGUGAACAGAUUAUGGACAAAGAAACAGCUGCCGCAAUUCCGAAGGCGUCUCCGCAUCAGGCAUCAACCGAGGACACAAAGUCAAAGAAACCGAAUGAUAAAGCGAAUAAGUGUGGUGGUAGCAAAGGCACAGCAAAACCAAAACCUAGUAAAAAAUCUGCAAAUUCCGAACAAACCGAGGCAAAAGGAUCCAAGAUUAUUAAAAUCGAUUUGAAAAGCAAAAAGAAAGUCAAAUCAUCGUUGGCGACAGUAAAAUCCGCAUCAUUGAAAUCGGCAGCAAAACAACUCCAGAACAAAACGACAAAAGAACUGAAAGUGUGUCAAGAUGAUGGAAAGAAAAAUGAUGAGCAUAAAUCUCCAGCUGAACCAGAUGAAAUGUCUGACGACGACAAUUUAUCAUUGACUGAGCUCAAAGCCCAGCUAAACUCAAAAAGUGACGCACAAAAAACGGAAUCAAAUGCGAAAAGCUCCAAUGCAAGUACAAAACUAGUCAAUGCUGCAAGCAGUUCAGCAAACAAACAAAAUACAGCAAAAAGUAGUAACUUUAAAAAACCAACGGGUUCGAGUACUGGAACGGGCGUUGCUGCUGCUGCUGCUGCUGCUGCCACUGCCGCUCCAAAAAAGAAGUUAACAAACCAAAAGGAAACUGGAACAGCAACAACGAGCAAAUCAGAUGUGUAUGAAUUUCAUGAUGCAAACUUUAGCGGCGAUGAUACACCAUACGUGCACAAGAAAAAGCGCGAAAAAAUUCCAUCAAAUGCAGCGGCCAAUGAGAAGAGCGUGGGAAAAGAUGAUGCUAAAAAGACCGUCGAGAAAUCAAAAACUUUACCAUUAAAGAAACAAAUCAGGCACAAAGUUAUGAAAGAAACAGCUAAAACAACAAAAACCGAUCCCAAGCCAACGUCAACAAGCACAAAAGGUAGCGCCAGUCGAAAUAGUGCAUCUGACGCGAAAAUCGAACAAGGUGACAAUGAUCCAGAUAGUAAUGCCGGCGAAACAAAGAAAUCGACAAAAGUGCAUGCAAAUAAUGGCCACAAAUUGGCAGCCAAGAAUCGUCGCUUGAAACUAUUUGGAUUUUAUUCGGGACCAAAACGACAUCGAAUGGCUUCAUUGAAUGCACUGGCAAAAGUUCAAUGUUUGUAUGAGAACGAAUCACGGACGGCUCAAGAGCUUGGUUUCGUCAAAGAGCCACAAAAUGUGCAACGAAUGAAAAUUGUUUCGGAUGCUGAUAAGAUUGAACCGAACCAAGCGACGGCCAAGAGCAGCCAUGGCAAAGAGAAGGAAGUGAAAGCCGAUAUGGAGAAGAAAGGAAAGAAGCCGAAAAAAGAUGGUGACAAUGCAAAUAGCGAAAUAGUUCGUGAUGACGUUGCUGUUAAUAAUCGAACUUUGCGCAAAGUGCCGGGUGUACGUGGUGAGGGCACAAUGUGGGAAAUGGAGAACAGCAGCAUGGACGAAUCUGACACGGAAAGGGAAGAAACACAAACGACGAAACCACAAAAAGCCAAAGUAAAAAAGAAACCUUUACCGAAAAAGUCAGUUGCAUCGACCAAAAAACAGCCAAACACUGUCGGCAAAGAUGAAUCGAGUAAAGUGGCUCAUAAAAAAUUGAAAGCAACUCCAAAUAAAGCGAAAAAGAAGAAUGUCACCAAGGCAAAACCAAACAGCGAUGACAGUGAUAAUAGCAGUAAUGACAGCGAUUCCGAUCGUGAAUCGCACACAACUGACCGAAAGCCUGUGCUGAAAAAAUUUAAAAAAUCCAUAGCUCGCAAGGCUGCCACAGCAUCAACCACCACCGUUUCCAAAUCAAGCGAUGUCAAAGAGGUGGUCGUUCGGAAGCGCAUGGCAAGCUUGAAUGCAAGUGCAAUGAUGGCAGCCACUUACGAGGUGGAACGUCAAUUGGACAAAUGCGAAGAGAAAAUGUACAAAGUCAGUGCCGAUGCAGACGAACGAAUUACACCGCCGAAAAAAGCUAAGGAGAUCAAAAAUGAAGUAUUCGAAUUAAAAGAUACAAAGCCCGUUUCGACGAACGUUGUAAUCGUUCAAGACACUGACGUAACAAUCACUGGAGUCUAUGUUAAUUCGACGCUUGGCUCGAGCCAAGAGGCUUAUUGUAAGAUGCAAUAUCGCGUUCAGUCUAGUGUAACUGAGGAGCGACUCGUUCGGCCAACGCCGCAAGAGCCACCCAAAUCGUACACUCCACUGAGUGCAUUAUCGUGUAUGCUGCCGCCAGGUAACGAAUGUGAUCCACACGGAGUACCAAUUGGAACCCCGUCGUCGUCAUCAUCAGGUUUGUUAUCGAUGCCGCCACCCGAUUGUGAGCCGCCGUAUCGAUAUCCACCGAUGUACGCACAUCCACCACAAGGGACCAUACAUCCGCAUUUACUUCAGCCACCGCCACCAAUACAUCAUCCAUCGAGUGCGUUUUGCCCAAUGCCACCACAAGUACAUCACGAUCCCACUGGGUAUUAUCAACCGGCUGGUCCAUUGAUAAAUCCUCAUCCUCAUUUAGUUGGCGGCCCUCAAAACCUAACCAAACAACCUACAUCGUCACCGUUAGACUCGGAAUCGCUGCAACAGUCGCAACAAUCGAGCUCAGUUGGCGAAGGACCUUCACACACGUUCCGAUAUCAGCAACCACCAGUGUCAUCACAAGCAAUACCUCAGCCACAGUUGCAAGUGCCACCGGUAUCACCGAUACCAAGCCAUUAUUCACGGGCACCGCAUCAGAUGCACUGUCCCACAUAUCCGCCAUCGUAUUACGCAUAUGGUCAGCAUCCCCGUGAUAUGUGCUAUUCGCCACCAUAUCAACCAGGCUAUUAUACACCAAAGGUCUAUCCAACCGCUUAUCGUCAGUACAUGCCAAGCACAUCAUACUAUCAAGCCGUUCCGCCAAGUGAACUGUACGAGCAUCCCGGAUCAAUGCAUCAAUCGCCAUUAAUUCCGCCGCCAGUAUCACAGCAAGCAGCUCAAUCGAUUCCAACAUCAACCGCACCAAUUCAACCUCAACCACAGCAAAUGCAAUCGCCCAACACCCAAUUAGUGCCGUCAAUUCCGAAUGCACCGCAUUUAGAACCCUAUCCACCAUACUAUACGCCCGGUUACAACCACGGAGGAGGCUAUACGCGUAGUAUACAACCUCCUUUUAUCGAUUCAUCACCAUACCAGGGCAGUUGCCCAUGUCCAAUUCAGUCGUUUCCAAAAAACGUGCAUAUUGGGCCUCUUAUUGGUAGCAAGACCGAUAAGGGCCCGUGCCAAAAAAACUCAUCACAUUUACACGACUCUGCAUUAAUAAAUCCAGUUCAAUUCAAGCAAGAGAACAAUAAAAACGGCGAUCUUGACAUUAUUGUAAAGCCAGAAAUUGUCGAUCCACUCACCCAAUACGAUACAAAUCAUAAAAGUAUCGAUUCCAUUGAUCGAUCGUAUGAGAAAAUAGCGCUGGUGCCACAACAUCAUCCGAAUUAUACAUUGAAUCCAAAAUUAUUGGAACAGCCCGAAAUGUCGAUCAGUCCAGCACGUGGUUCGAUCGGACCGGGCAUUCCAAAAAUUCAAGCCGGUGCAACACAACCGCUGGAUGUAUCGUUAGAAAAACCAAUAUCGACCUCAUUGAAUCAGUCAACACCAGUCACAAGUCGACGGGCUCGUGUUGGCAAGAGUAUGGCUCGCGAAAUGAUGCUGCAAUCACAUGCCGCCAUAAAUGAUUCAGCUCAUGAAAUGGACAUGGAUUUACAGGGAGAUUCACUAAGUGAAUCGAAGAGCAACAUUUGUGCAUCGACACCGAUCAAGGAACAGAUUCACAAUGACGAAUAUGAGAAGAAUACCACGAACACACCCCAUUUUCUGUCGACCACCAAACCAAUGAAUGGCACAUUCAUCAAACAGGAAGACGUUAAGAAGGAGUGUGAUGACGAUGUUCUACUGAUCUCGGACAAAUCAGAAACAGACACAAUUUCAUCGGAUCACGAAAAAUCCGUCGAUUGUAUACAAAUCAUCGAUUUGUCCAGUGACAAUGGCAUUAAACUUCAUACGGAUGAACAUUUGCCGAAAAGUAACUCGCUGAAACGUCACUGUGAGAAUGAGAGUUCGGCAGAUGAAAUCAUCGAUUUGGACGAAGACAAUGCCAUUACAACGGUGAAACGACGGAAAAUCCUCGAAUUCCAUAAAAAUCCCAGCAAAAAAUCACCACCAAAUAGUUACAAGAAUUUAAUAAAGCCUUCCGAUCCGAAAUCAUACUUGCGCCGAGCAGACUCAAGAGAUAAAGACCUAGCGAUCAAAUGUAGUACACCACGAACGGAUGAACAAACGAUAAAUCUAACACCAAAUGGUUCCAAUGAACAUGAUGCAUUCAGAAAUGGUACAUAUGAUGUUGAUGAUAACGAUGUUAAAACGAUUGAGAGCAGUGAAAACCGAACGGAAAGCCUUGGAAAAUCUGUGGAUGCCAUUUCAUUGACAAUGCCAUCGAUAGCUGAUGAAUUCCCACAAGAACUAUCGGCUACUGAAGAAGAAAAUUUCAUGUCGCAUCUCGACUCAAAUAGCGAAGGCGUUUCGAAGGGAUACUGUUCGGACAAUGAGGUUUUGUCACGGAAAAAGGAACGCCUUAAAACGAAACUGCAGAAAUGUGAAGGCCGAUCUCGUUCUGAAUCAAAGAAAUGUGGAAAGAUUCCAAAUGGCAAAUUGGCGACAAAGUCUGAGAAAUCAAAUCCAAAAUCGAGAAAGAGUUCGCGCGAUCGAUCGACAUCGUCUAGCAAAUCGAAAGAACGUGCUGAAAAACCACCAGCAGCGAAAAAGGCGAAACAAAAUUCGGACAAUGUGUCUCCAAGCAGAUCGUCAACGCCGGCUGCAAGCAAAAAGAAGAUCGAGUCGAAAAACAAAAAAUCAAAAACACCCAAAACGAAAAAGAGCUGUGAAAAAUCGAAGAAGACACCCGAAAAUCAAUCGUCGAACGAAUGCGACACGGACGAUGCAUUGCUGGACAAUGAAUCACACAUCCAAAAUAACAACAAUAACAUUUUGCUGGAUAAAAAUAAUCACAUGCAUUUGGAAGCACUGGUGGCUCCAACGUUUAACGUGAACAAAUCGCUGGCCACAAAGAAAUCCAAAUCACGUGGCAGCAAAUUCAGCAAUAAGAAGAGGCAUCGUGCUCGUCAUCCGAAGCACGUCGAAGAAGUGAUCAUUCCACGACAAACAUCAGCCGCACCACGAUGGAGCAACGGCUGGAAUUGGCUUGGCGAACCGUUUCAAGGAAAAGUGUUCCUUAAUAGUGACGAUCAUCAAGUGGUUCGAACGCGGUAUCCAGCGAUGCGACAUGACUGCGGAGAUAUCAUUCGACCGGGUGAUUGUGUGCUUUUGCGAGCUGGUAGCAAGAAAAAUGAACUUCCGUACGUUGCAAAAGUCGCAUCACUAUGGGAAAAUCCUGAAGAUGGUGAAAUGAUGAUGUCAUUGCUGUGGUAUUAUCGUCCUGAGCACACCGAACAAGGUCGUCAGCCGACCGAUUGCAUGGAUGAAGUAUUUGCAUCAAAACAUCAAGAUCACAACAGCGUUGCCUGCAUCGAAGACAAAUGCUAUGUGCUUACGUUCAACGAGUAUGGCAGAUACCGAAAGAGCAUUCGGGCCAUUGAGCAAGGAAUCGAAGAAGUUCCCUCAAUCGUUCCAGCUUUAAAACAAUCGACGGGUCGCGAAGUACCACUAAACACCAACAGUGAAUUGAUUCUAUUCUGUCGUCGUGUGUAUGAGUUUCGUUUGCGGCGACUAAUCAAAAACCCAUCAUAGGCUCAGCCACGGAAAUAUCAAUCAAGUGUGCAGCAGACACUUGAAACAAAAAAUUUAAAAUAAAACAUAACAUUUGAAAAUAGUUCCUUAUGAUGCAUAGACAAAAAUGCAGGAAGAUAAAAAUAAAGCAAAAAAAAAAUGUACAAGCAAAUUUUUUCUCCGAAAGAUUUGAUCGCAAACAAUCUUAUAAGGAAAUGCAAAACCAGAGAAAAUGUAAAAAUUUGAUUAAACACAAACAAACACAUAAAUUGACACAAAUGUAAAUGUUGUUGAAUUCAGGUCCAAUUAAUAAUUAAGAUUUAAUACAUACAUACACACACACACACAGAAAACGUAUAUAGAAAUGAGUUGAAUGUGUAUAGAAAAUAACCACAGUUAUGCUUCGAUGGAAAGCAUUUUGUUUCCAUAUUUGACAUGUAAGAUCAGAGCAAAACACUACUUUCCAUUUUGUUUGUAAAUUUACAAAGCGUUAGAGAUUCUAAUUAGGACGUAGAUCGUAAAUCUGUAAUUCCGUAUUCAGCCUUGGUGUAUUUAUAUAAACAACAUUCUGUCAUGCUACGUAACAGAUAAACAACGUGGAAAAGAUGAGAAAAAAAAUAAAUGGUAUAGUAUAUAUGUCCGGAUUGUAGCUAAAAUUUCGGAGCAAUUAUUAAGGAUAAUCAGUAUCUCAUCAAAUAUGGAACAAGAACGGUUCGAAUCAACCAAAAGGAUGUGUGUGAACAAAUAGAGGUCCGUGGUUUUUUUUUUAUUAUUCAAAAUCAAUGAGCAGAGAUAUGAUAGCCAUAGACAAGGAAUUGCCUCUGACAUUCUUUUGAUUGCUUCAUAAAAUCGUGUAACAUGAUCAUGGGAAUUUAUGAGUUUUUUGUUAAUUUUUUUGUUGUUUUAAGUGGAACAAACGGUUAAAUUUGCUACUGAGAAAUCGAUCCCAAAAUGUAAUCAACCACCAUUUUGUUGAAAACGCUUCAAAAGCGCCAAUUCUUGAUUUUGACUGUCAGAAAUUCAACAAGAGGAAAUGAAAAUGUAAAGUGAAAUGCUGUGAGCGGGUAUAAAUAUUUAAAAGCAACGAUGACAUCAACGGUGUGUCAUCGAAAUCCUAUCAUAUUUAUUUGAAACAGUUCUUGUACAUUCGAUUUUCGUCAGGAGACAUAUGCACGUGUAAAAAAAUGAAAGAAAAAACUGGGCUUUGUUCAAAACAACACACCUAUUUCAAGUUAAUUUAUUUUAAAUUAUUUUUAUGCCUAACACCGCGCUCCAUUAUUUCGGACGACUAAGAAUUACAUUGUACACAAAAAACCAACGGAGCAAAAUAAAUAUUUAAAUUGUAAAAAACAAAAAAAUACAAAUCGAUUUUGUCAAAGCAAAGGAAAAUAAAGCAGUUGACUUGAAGAAACGAAAAAAA